AUGGAGCCUCUGUUCGGGUUUUUGAUGGGUUUGAUUCUGGUGGUAGCUUCAUCAGCGCAGAACAACUGUACCUGUGCGACCAACAAGGUGAUGGUAUGUGCCCAGGACGCAUCUGGGAACUGCACCUGCACGCUGGUGGGUUCAAAUCACAAGGUAGACUGUUCCACACUGACUUCAAAAUGCUUGCUGAUGAAGGCAGAAACGAUCCCCCUGAAGGAGAAGCGCUUCUGGGGCCAUCCCUGUGGGCUGUUAGAUGAUGGCAUUUACAAUCCAGACUGCGAGGACAGUGGCAUCUUCAGAGCCAGGCAGUGCCAUCAAACUGAUACUUGCUGGUGUGUGAACACCGCCGGAGUAAGAAGAACCAUAAAGGGUGACAAAAGCCUGAGGUGUGGUGAACUGGUUAGUACAAACUGGAUCACACUGAAACUGAAGCACAAAAAGUCCAGUGCCUUCAAUGUUCCAAACAUAGCAAAUGCCCUGAAACACCUGCCUGAGAUGAACAAACUGUACCCCAAGUACAUCACAGCUGUUAAGUAUGAUUCCCCUCUUAUCCAAAUCUGCCUGAAUCAGAACGACUCAGAGAAAUCUAGGUGUGACUGUAUUUCAUUCACUGUCUCUGUCAAUGGAGGCGCUCGGGAUAUUGAAAAAAUGAGGAUUUACUAUGUUGAUGAAGAGCCACCAGAGUUUUGCAUGAGUCAACUGGCUGCUGGCAUUAGUGCUGUGGUGACACUGGUGAUACUGACUGCUGGCCUCAGCAUCACUGUGCUGGUUAUUCUGAGGUGGCUGUGGAUAAGAAAAUAUACGAAAGUUCAGAGUAAAAAAUGA